UAUACCGCCGUCCGUGAUCGUGACACUUCUCCCUUGUGCUUCCAGGCACCGGGAAGCGAGAGAGAGAGGCAAGAGCUAGAUUAAGGAUCCCUCUUUGGAGGCCAGUUUGGGUGUCGAACGAAACAAUAUGCCCCGCACAGUAGGCUGCCGCCGUCGUUGUUGCCGUGGUACGCCGAGAAGGUUCGCUGGUGUUUCGCAGUGGAGAUCCGAGUAGGCCCGCGAAGUUAGCAAAGCAAAGCAGUUGGAAACUAGUUGUCAAGGACUGCGCGGAUUUCACUUGAGAGUGACGAUUGACGAUUGUCCCGCAGAGUGCGUGCUCGGGAGCCGGGAAGUUUGGCGUGUAGGCUUGGCGUGAGCCAGAGAUAGAGCAGUGAGAAGAGAAGAGGAAACUAGAGAAGAAGGCGACAGGGCCAGAGAGAGAGAGAGAGAUAGAGGGAGAGGCGUAGAGAGGAGUAGAGAGAAGUGGUCGAUCCGCGCACCGGAGCACCGUUUCGCGCGCCGCGGUCCGCGGCUGUGUGCGUUUCUUGGAUGGUGUCUCAGGACCGUUGGGCGGAAGCAAUGUCCGACUCCGGGUACGAUUCGCGCGCGGACGGCAACGGCACCGCGUCCAGCUCGUGCAACAACUCGCUGAACCCGCGGACGCCGCCGAACUGCGCCCGGUGCCGCAACCACGGGCUGAAGAUCGGGCUGAAGGGCCACAAGCGGUACUGCAAGUACCGCCACUGCAACUGCGAAAAGUGCUGCCUGACGGCCGAGCGGCAGCGCGUGAUGGCGCUGCAGACGGCCCUGCGCCGCGCCCAGACGCAGGACGAGCAGCGGGCCCUGAACGAGGGCGAGGUGCCACCCGAGCCGGUAGUUAGCAUUCACAUACCCAAGCUGUCCGAACUGAAAGAGCUGAAGCAUAAUAUGAUUCAUAAUUCUCAGCCGAGAUCGUUCGAUUGCGACUCCUCCACCGGAUCGAUGGCGUCCACACCGGGAACAUCCAGCAUGCCGCUGACGCUGCACCGGCGGUCCCCGGGCAUCCCGCACCAUCCCGCGGCCGAGGCGCAGCAUCUUGGAGUCACACACUCAUGUCUUUCUCCCGAGCCCGUAAACCACCUGCCUGACGACGAGCUGGUCAAGCGAGCCCAGUUUCUGCUGGAGAAGCUGAGUUACCCCUGGGAGAUGAUGCCCCUCAUGUACGUCAUACUGAAGAACGCGGACGGCGAUGUACACAAGGCGCACCGGCGGAUCGACGAAGGUAAGGAAGUGAUUGCGACCUACCGGGAGCUACUGCUGAAGUCGUCGCUCGACCACCCCACCCACAGCGACCGGCUGACGGAGGAGGACGACGAGGACGAGAACAUCUCGGUGACGCGGACCAACUCGACGGCCCGGUCGCGCUCGGGCUCCCGGUGCCGGUCCCGGUCGUGCUCGCCGCUAGCGGAAACGCACCUCCGCACCGCCACCGCCGACCAGGACCCGGCCGACCGGGUGCUCAACCUCGACACCAAGGCCCGACCGCGCUCGGGCGAGAGUCGGGAGUACCGCGAUCGUGACGAUGCCACCAGCACGACCGAGCCCAGCCCAGCAGCGUCCGUGAUCGUGGACGGCGGAGGACGAGGGCGCAGCAAGAAGUUCGGACCGGUGGUCGAGCACCACCACCACCAUUCCCACCUGGCGGCGGUGCUACGUAAGUCACCGUCACCGGAAGCGGCUAUUGUUACCAGGGCGCGGCCGGCGUACGAUCCGUCGCCGUCCCCCAAGCGCGAGGUCGACGAGACGCGGUACGCACCGUACCUGGAGUCCUUGCGGCGGAGUAAACGGCCCAGCAGCCGCAGCAGCAGCAGCGCCAGCGUGGCAGUAGCAGCGGCAGCGGCGGCGGCAGCAGCGGCAGCAGUGGCGGCGGACGUGAUCGGCGGCGAUUGCUACGACGGCAAGGAGAAGGACCCAGCGGCGACGACGUACCCGUCGUCGCUGACCGGCAGCAGCUCCUUCGAGAAGCUGCACCAGCUGGGGAAGAAGUCGAACGGAGGGCCGGCGGCGGGAGGCUGCCCGCUCUACAAGUACGGUGGCAUCGAGGCGAGCAGCUUCAGCUUCCCGUUCGCGCUGCUGCCCCAGAUCGGAGCCGUCAACCGGACGCUCUUCUCCGCGCACGGCUCCCCAUCGGCCGUCCACUUCCCGGGUCAGAUCCUGCCGUCCGCCCAGUAUCCGUCCGUUAGCAGCGAGUCCACGACGACUGCGGCCGCCAUGCCGAUGUUCCAGCCGCCCUUUCAGUUCUUCGGUUACCAGCCCUCCCUCCAGUUGCCCCCGAUCGACUUCUAUCGCAAGGAGCAACACCAACAGCAGCAGCAGCAGCAGCAGCUACUAGAACCAAAGGAACCGUCGUCCUCGACGUCACCGACGUCACCGCCCAUCGCUGCCGCCGGGCUGUUUUACGCGAGUGCGGUCGAGAACUCGCUCGCCUCCUCGCAGGCUUCGAUCGCCACCAUCCUCUAAGCCACGGUCCCGGCAGGUCGAGCAACAACGGGGCCAACGGGGUGAUGUGGCUCAUGAAUGCUAUGCGGAGAGAAGAUUACUGUACGCCCAUAGACGCUACCGUGAGUGAGUCGGUUUUGGUCCGCCGAACGAGUCCUGCAGCUUAGAGAGGGGUCGCUUCCGCCGCCGUUCAUUAGUGGAUCUCGCGCCCAGCACC